CUAAAAACACCACAGACACUAAAGCAGACACCAGAGACACGUCAGACACCAUAGACACCUAAGACAACACAGUACAACUAACAGCCCUAUUAUAAGCAUCUUUCGUGACAGUGGGGAAACAAUCAGCCUUCUCUAAUGGCAUGCCUCUGCUCCAGUUGGAAAAGAGUCUCCAAUAUUUGAAGAAAUCAAAACUAACAAAACCAUCUGACGAUAACAAUGUUUUGUAUAAAGCCCCAGUA